GUUACAUCAACAGGCAACCUAGGUACUAUUAGGUACGGUGGGACAUAGGUACCUACAUAUAGCGCCGUGAGCCUCAGCUAGGAGGUGAUUCUCAACUUCAAUCCAGCCUCUUCUCAUUCACUCAACAGCUCAAUAGCUUAUCAAACCUCUGCAGCGCCAACAAUAACACGUUAUCUGUGCCCUGCUCAAGCUCGAAAAUUGAGGCCGGCCUUUAGGGACUCACCUUUUCCCCCAACAUGUCCGGCACUGGACCUCCUUCCGCAGGAGCUGGCGCUACCUCCGGUGCCAGCUUCACACCUCAACCUGGAGCUGCUUCAACGACGCCGGCACCGGUUGCGGCCUCCAGUACGGUCCCGACCACAGCGCCGCCAACAACAACACCAACCACAUCAACAACGGCAAUUCCGCCGCCUGUUGUCCCGCCGCCCAGUAACCCGCAAAACCUGAAUCAGAUUGUGACAGAUUAUCUGCUUAAAAAAGGUUACAAACGGACGGAGGAGAUAUUUCGUCAGGAAGUGAAAGACCUAGACGAGAGCGGGCGCCCUCGGCAGCACAAUGAUGGCUCGGUAUCUGAAAAAUUAUUUCCCGCGGGCAAAUAUUUGAGCUCUUUUAAGCACUUCGAAAAAUGGGUCGACAAUGGCCUCGAUCUAUAUAAGUUCGAGCUCGGCAAGAUCUUGUGGCCGCUGUUUGUUUACUCCUACCUGCGACUUGUAGGACAGGGAUCAGUUGCCCACGCCAAAGAAUUUAUGCAAAAAUGCCGUGGCCGUUUCGAGAGUGCACGCAUCGACGAACUACGAGGGCUAGAGCUUGUAACAUUGGCACCUCACGUUCAAGAAAACUCGAUGGCAAAGCUCUAUCGCGACAAUCGCUAUGUAAUCCCCAUCAAUAAGUCACUGACCGGCAAUCUCUUUCAUUUUCUGGAACGAGAGCUGGACCAAUGUGGUGCUGUUGUUCUUGAUAUUAUCCAACAGCACUGUCGUGUGGAUUCAGUUGAUCGUGGUCCCAUCGAACCAUUCAGUUUCGAGGCCAUUUAUCGACGUGCUCGAAACCAAGAGCUCGAUGAUGUGGAUAUUCAAGAAGGAAUACCUGGUCUCAAGAGUCGCAGUGGCGUCGCAAACCGUGAUGUUUUAGAGAACCAAGCAGCAUUAAGAUUAGGACCUUUGCCCUUAGACGGCGAACUGCGGGACGAUAUAGCAGCCGAGUUAGAAGAGGAAGAUCGCCUUCACCCUCCCAAAGAUGGUAUCCCAACACUUGUUGACGAGUUCAAUUCCAUGCAUCCCAUUAAGAAAGAGGCUGGAGAUUCCCCUCAACGAACUGAUAUACCAUAUCCGCCUUCGCGUGCUAGAGAUGUGGUGGUGGAAAUGCAAAAAGUGCGCGAAAACCGUGAUCGCUUCCGGAUCGAAGGUCGCACUGGUGGUGCUGGACCUGGUCUUUCUGUAUGCAUGUUCACAUUACACAACCAUCUUGGCAGUUUCUCAUGUAUAGACUUUUCGAAAGACCAGCAACUCAUGGCAGUAGGCACUACAGAAUCUUACAUUCGAGUAUGGUCUCUUGACGGGAAACUUCUUAAAUCCACUUUAACCCCAGAAAAGGAUUUGAGGACGAACAACCGGAAACUUAUCGGCCACUCUGCUCCAGUAUAUGCUGUGGCAUUCUCAGAUGCAAUCAGCAACAUGGAGCGGAACCUCUACGAAGGUGAACAAAAACCGGAAACUGACUCCAAAUUAUUGCUAUCAUGUUCGGCAGAUGGCCAGGUACGAUUGUGGUCUCUAGAUAUAUGGGCCUGUCUUUGUAUCUACAAGGGCCACGACGGCCCAGUUACUAGCCUAUCAUGGAGCCCCCAUGGACAUUAUUUCGUAACGGGUGGCUGGGACAAGACCGUUCGCAUCUGGGCCCAAGAUCAUGCUUCUGCCGUAAGACUUCUUGUGGGCCAUGAUACUCCUAUCUCCACAGUUACAUGGCACCCCAACGGAACUUACGUCUUUUCCGCUUCAGACGAGACAGACAAGUCGAUUAGAAUGUGGUCUAUGGUUAAGGGUGAAUGUGUGCGAGUUUUCACUGGCCAUACAGAUUACAUCUCGGCGCUCGAAUGCGCACCGAAUGGCAAAAUUCUUGCCUCUGCCGACAUUGGCGGCAAUAUCUUCCUAUGGGAUAUUGAAAAAGCAACUCGAAUCAAGCGUUGCCGUGGACACGGACGGGGCGGCAUUUGGUCUCUCAGUUUCAGCGUUGAGAGCACUGUCCUCGUCUCAGGCGGUCAAGAUAGUACAGUACGUGUGUGGGACGUUGAAAUGCCAGCCGAAGGCAGCCGACCGACGAAUCAACAAGAUAGUGAUGGAACUAUAGUAGCUGCAGGUGCACCAGGUGAGGGUAAGCAAUCCGGGACAGCCACUCAACCUACCAGCAACCCGGGCACGGGUAAGAAGAAAGGAAAGGAUGUUAUGAUCACCCCUGAUCAAAUUAGUGCUUUUCCGACAAAGAAGACGCCAGUCUUAAAGGUACAGUGUACUCGCAUGAACCUUGUCCUUGCAGGCGGUUGCUAUUACCCGGAGACUCAAGAUCGAGACCGAUAAAGGGAGCAGGAGGUAAUGGCGUGCGUCUGCCAUUGUGGCAUGGAACAGGGCGUUAAGGUUUCUUAAAAGACACGGGUCAGGCUGAUUGAAUUAGAUACCCUUGUAACAGCAAGUAAGCUUUAAAAAAUUGAAUUAAGAUAAACACUUAAAUUCAACAGUGGCAAUAUGUGUCGUUAUCUCAACUGUUAACCAAAUGCAAAUGCCAAUAUCACG